GGAGCUGGCAGUCUGCAUGGAAAAUGGAGAUGGAUGUGUUGGCUGGGCAUCAGAAGUCACUCAGCCAGUGGCCGCCCCCCGAUGAUCCCGAUGAUUAAUUGCAGCCAGAACUGCAGACGACGACGACAACGAUGACGGCGACGAGGAGCAGGAGGAUGAGGAGGAGACAUCGUUGGCACGCGCAAUCCGUGGAAUUUGCGGAAUUUGUGGCGAGCGCAUUUAAGGCGCCCAGUGUUUAAUUAUGCAUGCGGGCCCAGAACUUGGAGAUAAAUUAAGGCAGCGGACUUUGAUGCAUGGCUCCUGCUCCCUGCUCCCCGAUUCCAGCUCCCUGCUCCUAGCUCCCUGCUCCCAGCUCUCUGCUCCCAGCUCCCUGCUCCCAGCUGCCUGAUCACUUCCCCGCCCGAGUUUCCGAAUCGCUCUGGCGCCAGUGGAAAAUUUUCACUUGGCCCAAUCUCAAUUGGGCUGCCGGAGAUCCUUAAACAAGCCGGUUCCAUUCAAACACUGCCCACGAUCCCAUCCGAACCGAUACGGUACGAUACGAUCCGAAAAGUCAUAAUUAAAAACAUUGCCGAGCGUGAGCGAGGCGAGUGCCAGAUGUCUAUGUAAAGGACAAUUUAUUGGGAGUGCGUAGAGCGAGAGCCGCAGGCAAGUAGCACAUAUAACUAGGUUCCGAAGAAGAAGAUCCCAGCAGCAACCAAGCAACUAGCAAGUAGCUAGUAGCAACAUCAGCACUCGAAGGGGGCACAAACACGCACAUCGCGAUCGGGAUUGAGUUGCAGAUAUAGAUGGCGAUGGAGAUGGAGAUUGAUGCCUGGCGCCGACAUAACAUGUAAUUGAGUGUCGUGGACAAUUAUAGCCGCAUCCCAAGUCCCCAAUUGGCCAAAAAGCCGCUCGAGCAUCUCGCCAGAGCGCCAAGAGAUCGGAGAGAGCGUAAAACCAGCAGCAGCACCGCAGCAGCAACAUCAGCAAUACAUAUCGCACCGCACCGCAGCAGCAACAGCGCCGCCGGCAGCAGCAACAGCAGCAGAAGCAGCAGCUAGCAGCAGCAGAUACGAAUCCUCAACGUUAGCAUUUCCACUCCCAGUCGGAAAGAGACCGCCCUGCAAUCUAGACGUGAUCAGCAGCCCAUCAAUAAAUGAAAUACAAUAAAAUACAAUAGAGAUAUACUCGCGGUGUUCGGUUCGACAAACAACAAGCAAACGACCAAUCGACAAAUACAAUUUUUAGAAGAUUAAUUCCGAGCAUCGGCGAUCUACAUACAUAUACAAGCGGGUCAGGAGGUCCAGCAGAUAGGCGGAGGCGGAGGAGUAGCAGCUCCAGCUCCAGCUUCAGCUCCAGCUUCAGCUCCAGCUCUCCAUAUCCCAUUCGUAAAGAUUCGAUACGAUCGAUCCAUCGAUCGAUCGACCAACCGAACCGAACCUAACCAAACCGAUCCCGAUCCCGAUCCGAUCUUGAAGCGUUUUUGUGCGCGUGUGUUUUUCGAAAGAUCUUCAAAAGUGGUGAACAGUGCGGCUUUGAAAUCCGAUGCCAGCGGUUCAGAGAAUCAACGAAAUCCUGCUGGAAAACCGAGCUGCCAUGGAAACCCCCGCAUGCACGCAUAUGUGCGCCUAGUGGGUAAUUUCCCGAGUCUUUCGUUUUCGCUUUUCCGAGCUGCCUGCUCGAACAGUUGAUAAUCCGCCGCCCGGGCGAAUGCAACGUGUCCUGGCCUCGAACCGGAAAACCGUGAUUUGUGAACUGUGCACCGAGAUAUAUCGUAGAUAAACAAAAAGUGUAUAUUUAUUAUUGCUCUGGCCAAAGAAUUGUGAAAUAAUCGAUCAUUCACCUAGUGACUGAGAUCACUCCACCAAAAUGACUUCCCUCGUGUACACCGUCUUUCACCUGGCCUCGCUCCAGUGUUCCGUGCGUCCGGAGAUCUCGCCCUGCACCUGCGAAACGGGCAAGGCCUGGAACCAUGUGGAGCUCUCCUGCGAGAAACUGGAAUCCUUUAACGCCGUUGUGGACAGCCUGGCCAAUAAGCUCAAUGCCGACACCAAUAUCGACCUGAAGAUCACGCACUCGCAACUCGACGACCUGGAAAUGCGAUCGUUUACGGAUAUGAACUUCAACUUGUACAAGCUACGGAUGCAGUGGAACAGUCUCAAAUCGCUGCCCGAGGUGCCGUUCCGCGGGUUAUCGAAUGUCACCUACCUAAGCAUCGGCGACAACGACCUCGACGAGAUCCCGAAGCACGCCCUGAGCCACAUGCCGAGCCUUUUGACUCUGGACAUUGGGCGGUGCAAGAUACGGUCGGUGCAGCAGGAGGACUUCCGGGGCAUUCAACGGGUGACGAAUCUGAUCCUGGUGAGCAACAUCAUCACGCGCCUGGACAGAGGUUCCUUUCCCAAGAGUCUACUCAUCCUGCAUCUGGGCAGAAAUCAACUGGAGUCGCUCAAUGGUUCGCUUCACGAUCUGCACAACCUGGAAUCGCUGUUCAUCAAUGCGAAUAACAUCACCUCGCUGGAUGACGAGCUACCCGAUGGAGGCCAGCUGCGCCUCCUCAUGGCCCACAAUAAUAGGUUGGAACGCCUACCUGCCAACAUGGCCGGCAUGCACAGCCUGGAGACGGUGCACAUACACUGCAACCAGCUGAGAUCCUUCGAUCGCGUACUUCGCAAUGCCGUCAAUCUGUCCGAGGUCAUGGCCGAUAACAAUGAGCUGGAGUAUUUGGCCCAGGACGAAUUCGCCUCCUGCUCCAAGGUGGAGACCCUGCAGAUGGGCUGCAACCACAUCAAGUCGCUCAACUCCUCGCUACUGCCCAUCCUCAAGCUGAAGAACGCCAACUUUUCAUUCAACGACAUCGAAGAGUUCUCCAUGGCGGAACUGCACGGACUGCGUUCGCUGAAGACCCUCCAGCUGUCCAGCAAUCGCAUCCAACGUCUGCUGCCCGAUCCUCGGGGAGUGCAGGAUCUGAUGCUGGUCAACUUAGAUCUGGAUAACAAUAGAAUCGACUCUCUGAAUGGUGCUUUGGCAGGCUUGGGCAAUCUACGGAUAUUGAAUUUGGCUGGUAACCGAUUGGAACACCUCCAGGUGGGGGAUUUCGAUGGCAUGAUCCGUUUGGACAUCCUCGACCUGACCGGCAAUCAGCUGGCGGAGCUCAAGCCCUUAGAAAUGACUUUGUUGCCCAGCCUAAAAAUCCUUAAGGUUGCCUACAACAAUAUCACCAAACUGGAACAGGACUUCAAGGGACUGCCUGUUCUCUGCCAGGCCAACUUGACCAACAACCAGAUCUCGGCCAUAUCGAGUGAACUCGUCACCAACACACGCUGCAAAAAUCACAAUGUUCCUGGCAAACUGGAGAUUCAUCUAGAUGACAAUCCCAUAAUGUGUGACGUGGGAUUAAACGAGUUGUGCCGAUUGAUGGCAGUCCAGGAGGCCCGAAUUCGAGGCCGAUCCCAGUGCUUUGAGAAUGACCAGGAGGUGUGCACGGUACUCCCGAUGCUAUACAAUGUGAACCUGCCCAUAAUGGUGACCAAUCUGAAGUUGGCGGGCCGCGAGGUUCCAAAGCCGAUGGUGCAGGUGAUCAUGCCAUCGCUGAUCAAGGCCAAUAAUGAGCUAUUACCACCACUUAUUGCCACUCUGGGUAAUCCAGUGCUCAUUAGCACCGCAUUGGUCAAUCCGGUGAUAUCGCCACUACCACCACCACUUCUGCUGGCCACCACUACGCCGCCACCGCCUCUGCCACUUCCUGUGGCACCAGAAGAGGACAAGAAUGAGACUACCACCGCGAAUCCAGUUGCCACGAACAACGCACCGGAGACCACGACUACCACAAGUACUACAACAACGACGACAACAACAGAGACCAGUAGUCAGGUGGCUUCCAUCGAGCUGAUCACCACAACAGCACCCACCACGACGACCACCAGCACCACGACACCGAAACCCAAUGAAACGCUGCCCGUGAUUGUGGAACUGCAAGAUCACAAUCCGCCGGACACUCCGGUCAAUCAAACGGAUGUCGGAGUGGCUCAGGAUGAGGCAACUGCACUGGUUCCGCCAGUGGUUCUCGAUCCCCUACAGCAGGAUCUGGAAAGGGAGAGGGAGCGCGAAAGGGAGCGAGAAUUGGAGCGGGAUCUGGACCACGAGGCGGUGGCCAAGACCGAAUACGAGACGGUCGAGUACAUCCCCAAUCUGGUGCAGCCUCCAGUGGGCAGUGAUGCACUGACGCCGCCUCCGAGCAAGGCGAAUGCGCUGGAGGAGGACUCCGAGUCGGUGCACUCCAACUCUGUGCACGCAGAGUAUCCGCACGCGGCGCAGAGCCUUCAGAUUCCCGAGGAACCGCCGGAGGAGUGAGUCCUCCGCUUGAGGGGUUAGGCUCCUCGGGGUGAAUCCCCCGAAAAUAACCACAUUAUUUUACUGUAAAUCGCAGACGAAUGGAGGCGGUGGAAUCGAUGGAGAUCGGGUGGAGCAGCAUGCAAACGGCGGAAGGAGCGAGUUUCGGAUUUGUAUGCUUUAAGUUAACUUAGUUCUUAUGUUUUAUUUAAGCCAUCGCUAAAUCGAACCGUUGUCGAACCAAACGCUUUUUUGUUGAGUUUUUUUCGUCGAUUUUAUGCAAAAUUCGAUACGAUUACUGCGGUUUUUCAAUCCUGAAUUCGGGACAAACGUACGAGGACAGUCUUAUGAUUUAAGCUUAUUUGUUGGGGGCUCAAUUUCGCGUAUGUGUGCUUUGGCGUUGGCAAGCGGAACUCUUUCGGUUUUCAAUUUCACGGAAUUAAAAGUAAUUUCCAAAAAAUUUUGAAAAUAUUAUAUAUGGAUCAUAGAAAAAUGUAUACUUCAUUCUGUUAAAUGUCUAGAGCUGAUUCUAAUUUGAUUCAUUGAAAAACAUAGAAAUGGGUGAUACAUUUUCGAAAAAUAUAACUGAAUAUAUGUCGGCUUGCUUAGUAUGAUCAUUAAAAUAUUAAAUAAAUUAAAGCAAACCGUGAAAUUAAAAAGCGAAAGCGUGACCGAUAGAAACAGGAUGUUGGCGAUAUCGAAUAUGCAACUGCAUAUGCACAUUAUCUAUAUUUAAUAACUGUAUACACGUAUGAACGUUGAACAUCUACAAGUAGGUACUUAGAGUUAAUCAACAGCAACAACAAAUCGCAUCGAGCUAAUGUUAAUAACGAAAAGCACUCACUCACAUACAAACACACAAAAAACCACACAAACACAACCGUAGCAGUGCACAUGCACAAACUGCAAAAAAUACGAAUAAAAAAACGAGAAAAAAUAUUGUUAUCAGUUCGUUAACAAAAUGAGAAAAUAGAUCUUAGCGUGUAAUUAUACGAAAAUGAAAAUGGUAUUCUAAAUAAAAUCAUAAAUAAAACUCGA